UUUGAAAUACGACGUUAUUACAAAGACAGCCCUUAACAGCACACAGUGUCCAUACUUGAUCAACCCAUGACAUUCAUUAAAACUGGUAUUUUAUUUGACGAAGGAAUUAUUGUCUAACGGUAAUGAUGCUGUAUGAAACUAACUCCACAGUUGUCUAAUUGAAGGACAAAAAUCUCCCUCACCCCCACCAGAGAGAGCUUGCUGCUGGCGAGACAUUCGAUUCAUAGCUGCAAAAUGGCCGACCGUCAACCAACUGACUUUCCAGCGCUUUAAAAACGAAUUCUUCUGCACAUUAGCUAGGUUUACAUUAUCAUAGUACUUACUUAGAAAUCAAGAGCACCAACAAGUAUAUUUCUUUGUUAGCCACAUAACGUUACUUCAUUAUUCGUUUAGGGGCUGUUGAUUUUCAAGUAGCCUCGAAUGACAAAAAAACGAGGAUUUCGCACUGAAGCACUUUAGCCACAGAUGAAAGAGGAAAUAAUCUUAGCUUUAGUUAGCUAGCUCUAUUUCAUAUGUGAUUCCUGAGAAAAGAGUAUCAGGACAGGGAACAGUAGUUCAUGGAAGACAAGAAAAGGAAGAAAGACGACAAAAGGAAAAGGGAAGCAUCUCAGAAGGUUGCAGAGCAAAAAAACAAAGUGCCAGAAUUGACCAAGCCCUUGUCCACCCAGACUCCUGCUGCCCCCAGCUCUGCUUCCCCCAGCCCUGGACCCACCCCCUCGGCAUCCUCCUCCCCUGCCACCGCGGCUGCAGGCGGCGCCCCCCCUCAGGGCGGGAACAAUGCGAAGCGGCCGGCGGUGGCCAACGGACAGCCCCCCACAGCAGGCACCCAGGCCCCCCAGCGCUACAUGCCCCGCGAAGUGCCCCCGCGAUUCCGCUGCCAGCAAGACCACAAAGUGCUACUGAAGAGGGGCCAGCCGCCGCUGUCCUCCAUGCUACUGGGUGGAGGGGGCGGAGGGGGAGACGGCCUCAACGCAACCAUGGCUGCUGCCUCAGAUUCCAGUCCAGGCUAUGUGGGUCCAGCUGCACCCUCACUGCCCCUCACCUCAUCAUCCUCUUCAUCAUCAAUCGCUGCUUCUUCUACUUCUUCAAAUUAUGCAAAUUCCACGUGGGGGACGGGCUCUGGCAGCCUGCCCUCCUCUCAGGGCAGGGAGAAGGUCAUUGUGGACGGCUCGGACCUAGAGGAGUGGCCUAACAUCGCCCCAGGUGACGGGAGCGGAGGAGGUGGAGCUUCAGGCCCAGGAAGCGGUAGUGAGUCGUCGGUGGAGGGCGGUGGUGGAAUACCGAACAGCUGUGCCUCAUGGAAAGGUGGGGAUCCUGGCAGUCCUUCACCCACUUCCUCGUUCUCAAUGUCCAAUGAAUGUAUGCUGUCCGGCAGUGUGGUGUGGGGGUCUGCUGCCUCACAGGGUCCUGUAGAAGGGAAUGCAGCCCCAGGGACGUCAUUGCCACCCAUUCCCAAAUCCUCCCCUCUGCCAGUGGGCCCUGAUGGCUCGCUUGGUGGCAGUGGGGGGAUCCCUGGUGCCAACUUCAACCCAAAUGCCAACCCUUCUGCCUGGCCUGCCCUAGUGCAGCAGGAUGGAGCUGGGGCAGCUUCCUCUGAAGGUGCCCCCCCCUCUUCCUUCCUCCAGAGCCAGGUUGGGUCUCUGUCUGCCAACAACCCUCCCCCGGCCCUGGGGAACCCACCUCUAGCUUUGAAUCAAUCUGCUCAUCAGCACCAACUUCACCAAAUGCAAUCCAGAGAAAGAGAGCACCCGUCGGACGGGGGCUGGGGUGGAGCGGCGCUGGAGACCGGAGCAGGACCAAAAAAUGCGGGGACAGGGGAGGGAGCCAAUAUAGACUGUGGGGGAGGAGGCAACGGGGGAGACAACCUCUCUACUUCCCAAACCUCUUCCUCCUGGGGAGGCCAGCCUUUCCCCGCUGCUAACUCCAAAACGGGUGCCUCAAGGACUGAUGGUUGGGAAGGGGGAGCUGCUGAGGGUGGUGGAGGCUCGCGGUGGGGGUACAGUGCUCAGGGGGGUAAUGGAGGGAAAGCCUGGGGCGCUGGAAGUGGGGGUAACACUCAGACCGCCGGGGUAUCUCAGGGAGGGUGGGGAGGAGGAGGAGAGCGAGGGUCUUCAGUUGGAGACUGGGGAGGUAAUUCAGGUGGGAUGGGUGGAAGUGGUGGAGUUGGCAAUUCAGGAGGGGAGGCUGGUGGUGUCGGCGGCCGCAGCAGUAGCAGCAGCAGCAGCGGGGGCAGCAUCGGCAACCCCCCUGCCGCCGCCUCUUCUCCCAAAUCAUCCACCACUACAACAAGAGCUUUGGACAAUCAGAAGGGAGUUGGAGUGGGGGACGGAGGGACAGAGGGGGACACAGGGGAGUGGGGGGGCCGGGGUGGAAGAGGUCAUUCUUCAUCCAGCGGUGGAGGAAACUCCAGAGGUGGCGGCAAUCACAAUCAACACCAUGGGUAUGGCCACCACCGGUAUUCCCAUCCCCCACCACCCAACCCUGAAGUGGCCUUACAGGCAAUGCUCAGCCGCAAUGACCUGGACCCGCGCGUCCUCUCCAACACGGGCUGGGGCCAGACCCAGAUCAGACAGAACGUGGCCUGGGACCUAGAACCAGGAAAAGGAGGUUCUGGGUUGUCUGCUUCAUCCAAAAACUCUCCACCUCCCAUUGGUCCAUCUUCUCAGUACUCCACUGGCUCUGCUACAACUACUGAUUCUCCUUCCCUUCUCCCUGGCUCAGCUCCAAACCUGAACUCCAACCCUUCCCUGGGGACCUCUGGGGAGGGCUGGGAGAGUGGUGGUAACAGCAGCAGCGGUUGCAGCAACUCCCUACCCAGCCGAGGACCACCUCACCCGGGAUCCAACAUGAGGAAUGUUUCUGGUGUCACACAAUCUGCGUCAAUGACCACUGGAGCAGGUAUGGGAGGAGGAGGAGGCCUUGGACCAGGCCAGGGGAAGCCUACAGGAGGCUGGGGUGGGGUAGGACCAGGGGAGAGCCAAGGAAAAGGAUGGGGGAACGAAGGAUCAGAGGAGAGGGUUGGGGGGGACUGGGGAGAGCGAGAGGCCAAAUCAAGCAGUGGAGGAGGAGCAUGGGGAGAGGAAAGGAAAGGUGGGGGAGACUCAGAAGUCGGUACGUGGGGUAGCUGGGACGAGGGAGCCCCUAGGAGAGCCUGGGGGGCAGGAGGUACAUGUGGAGGAGGGGCAGGUGUGGACAUGGGGGGCAGCAAACCCCACCAGGGGCGUUGGGGUGGAGGGGGGGGUGGGAAAAUGCACCCGUCACAGAUGCCAAACAGCCAGACGGCCUCUGUGAAAGGCCCCAUGGCACAAAAGCAGCAGCACCAAUCACAGCCCCAGCAGCAGCCGCUACCGCAGCAAGCACUGGACCCAGGGGACAUGCAAGGAGGAGAGGGCUGGGGGAGACCAUCGGGCCCCCAGGCCCAAAACCAAAGCAGCACAGGCUGGACGGCCGGACCCAUCCCCAGCGGUCCUAAUGGAGGAGAGGGGCCGCAGUCCAGCGGUUGGGAGGAACCUUCACCACAAUUCAUUAGCAGGAAGAUGGACAUUGACGAUGGGACGUCGGCUUGGGGAGACCCCAGCCAGUUUAAUAACAAGACUGUCAACCUGUGGGAGAAGAACGGCGUUCCCACUGGUCAGCAGCUGCCAAUGCACGGCCAGGGACCAGGACCACCGCCCCAACAGCAGCAGUCUGGGCCUCCAGCUCUACAGCAGCAACCUGGGCCUGGGAGGCAGCCCACUGGGAUGGGAGGCAGGGACAUCAACCCUGGCCAUGUACCUGGACCUGGGAAAGCUCCAGGGAUGGCUCCAUCGUCUGGCUGGGACGGUGGCUCUCCCUCAGACCCCCCGGUGGACAACGGCACCGCAGCCUGGGGGAAGCCCACUGAGACCCCCACCGGCUGGGGAGACCCUGGGGAGGAACCUGGGAAGAACACCUCUGGCUGGGGAAACCCCUCACCCAACCCCAUCAAAUCUGCAGGUUCAAAGUCUAUGCAAGAAGGAGGCUGGGGUGAAGGAGACCAGGGCUCGGUGGCGGCCUCGCGUCACCCCAGCUGGGAGGAAGAGGAGGAGGGAGGAGCAGGGGUGUGGAACAGUGUUGGGUCCCAGGGCAGCAGCUCGUCCUAUAACAGUGGGGGCUGGGGCCAAGGUCACGGGGGCAAGAAGCCCAACAACAAGGCUCCCCUGAAGAGUGGAGGAGGAGACUCCUGGAUGAACCCCAUGAACAAACAGUUCUCCAACAUGGGGCUCCUGGGUGAUGAUCCUAGUGGGCGGCCUCUGGACUUGGCCCCUGGUCCUCAGGAUAAGAAGAUGGAAGGAGAGAAGCGAGGGAUGGGCCUGAAUGACUACAAUGGAGAGAUGCGUAAAGUAGGGCAGAGAGCCAUGGGAGGAGGAGGGAUGGUCUACCGUUCACCUGGUUCCAAAGAGAUGGGGCCUGGCGACCCUGGGCCUUACUAUGACAAGCAGACCUUGCCUUUCACCAAUCAGGAUGGGUGCCUUGGGGAGGAGUACUCUCCACCCUCUGUCUACAAGCCCUCCCCCCUCUACAACCACACUAUCCCCCCUAGACAAGGUGGUCAUAACAUGUUUGGCAGCAGCGGUGGUGGGAUGCCCCCGUCCAGACACCAGCCCGGUGUGCCAUCCAUAAACCCGUCCGCAGGGAUACGAGCACAAGUGCCUCAUCAGUUCCUGUCACCUCAGGUGCCAGGUUCUGUGCUGAAGCAGAUGCCGCCUCCCAGCGUGGGUGGAGUCGGAGGUGUGGGUGGGGUGGGAGCUGUAGGAGGGGGCGUGUUCCCCCCUCAGCUGUCCCCCCAGCACAUCGCCAUGCUGAGCAGCAUCUACCCUCCGCACAUUCAGUUCCAGCUGUCGUCUAUCCCUCUCCCCCAGGCCUGCCAGCUCCUCCUCCAGCAGCAGCAGCAGAACCCCCAGCAGCAACAGCUCACCUCACCACAGCAGCUCCAACAGCUCUUACAGAACCAGAGGAAGUUCCCCCAAAACCCACGCCAGCAGGCCGACCCACAACAGCUGGCCAGGAUCGUGGCUAUUCUCCAGCAGCAGAGGCAACAGCAGCAGCAGGGCGUCGGUGGGGUGGGAGUGGGCUCCAAACUGUCCCCCUCUCACCUGGGAGGGGGAGGCCCAAAACUGCCUAUGGCAGACUCCCUGCCCCAUCCAGGCAUGGGGGGCUCUCUGGACCUGCACCAGAAAACACAGGGCUACUCUGGGUACAGUGGAGGAGUGAACAUGUCUGGUCUGGACAUGGGGGGCUCGGUGGUGGGGGGCCCAGGGUGCAUGAAGGACGUGGGGGGGCAGCAAUCCCGCUUCAAAUGGAUGAUGGAGGGUCACUCUCCUGCCCCUUCCCUUCCUGAGAGCCUCCACAAAAACGGUCCUAUGUCCACUCCUAUGAGGAGGGGGGGCUCGCCAUAUUCCCAGUAUGACAUGAUGGGAGGGGAGGGGCUAGGUAUGCCCACACAGGGGGACAACUGGCACCGUACUCCUGGGAACAAGAUGGGCUCCAAGCCCCAGGGCACGUCCAGCUGGCCUCCUGAGUUCCAGCCCGGCGUGCCCUGGAAGGGGAUCCAGAGCAUCGACCCCGAGUCUGAUCCCUACAUGACCCCAGGGAGCAUGAUGGGAAUCCCUGGGCCGUCCAGCCUCAACGACACAGAGCACCAGUUGCUAAGAGACAACACCGAACCCAACCCCUCCCUGAACACCUUGCUGCCUUCACCUGGUGCCUGGCCCUACAGUGCCUCAGACAUCCCCCUCAAUAACGCACACAACUCAGCAAAUUACACAGAGUAUAAGACCAGCUGGCCCCCUGAGCCCAUUGGACACAACAAGAUGUGGAAGACCAAUCGCAACCAACAGUCCCAGCAGCUGCCACGCCCACCCCCGGGACUCACCAAUCAGAAGCAGGCCUCGCCGUCCCGUGGCCCGUGGCAGGCCCGUGGCUGGGGCAGCUCGAGUGGGAUCCAGGAAACCAGAUAUGGCCCUGCAGGCUCUGCUUGGAGUGAUGGGGGGACCUCCAGAGGAAGCUGCUGGCUGGUGCUCUGCAACCUCACCCCACAGAUUGACGGCUCCACCCUCCGUACCAUCUGUAUGCAGCAUGGCCCCCUGCUGACCUUUCACCUCGGCCUGACCCAGGGCAGUGCUCUGAUUCGCUACAGCACCCCACAGGAAGCAGCAAAGGCCCAGAGCGCACUACACAUGUGUGUCCUGGGCAAUACCACCAUCUUGGCCAAGUUUGUGAGCGAAGAGGAGGUUGCUCGCUAUUUUGCACAUUCCCAGGCGGGAGGGGCAGGGUCCAGCGGAGCAGCCGGGGCCCCAGGGUCCAGCGGAGGCCAGGGAGGCCCCACAGGGACAGGUGCCAUGGGGGCCAACAGCAGCGGGGAGAGGGAACGAGACAGAACCAGAGAAGGAGAGGGAUCUGCCCCUGGAGGAGGAGGUAACGGAGGGGGAGGAGGCAGCUCGGGGCCUGUCAGCUCUGGCUGGCAGAGUUUAGACGGUACAGGAGGCUCCCUGGAUCCUACCCCCACCCAGGGGCCCGGCCUGAGUAUGUUUGCCCAGUGGAGCAGCAACGGUUCUGGGGGAGGAGGGGUGGCUGGGGGUGUAGAGCCCGGCAGACAGGGUUUGUGGGGAGGGAUGGGGGGUGGAGGGUACCCCAGCAGUAGUAUGUGGGGGUCCCCUGCCAUGGAGGAUCGACACCAGAUGGGGAGUCCUGCUGCUUUGCUGCCUGGAGACCUGCUAGGAGGAGGGGCUGAUUCUAUCUGAAUGACCACACCUAAUACAUGAACGCAUACAUUACGAAAAAACAUGCACUUACACAAGUUCUACCACACACACCCAGUGGCCAGUAUAUUAGGUACAUUCAUCUAGUACCGGGUCAAACCCCCCUUUGGCUCCAGAAUUCUCCGGGGCAUGGAAACGUUGCUCAAUUGGUAUCUAGGGACCUAACGUGUGCCAGGAAAACAUUACACCACCAGCCUGUACUGUUGACACCAGGCAGGAUGGGGCCAUGGACUCAUGCUGCUUACACCAGAUCCUGACUGCCCUCAGCAUGACACAACAGGAACCAGGAUUCGUUGGACCAGGCAAUUGUCCAGUGUUGGUGACCGUGUGUCCACUGGAGCCGCUUCUUCUUGUUUUUAGCUGAUAGGAGUGGAAACCCAGUGCGGUAGUCUGAUGCAAUAUCCCAUCAGUGACAAGGACCAACGAGUUGUGAGUUCUGAGAUGCCGUUCUGCACACCACUGUUGUACUGCUCCGUUAUUUCCCUGUUUAUGGCCCGCCUGUUAGCUUGCACUUUUCUUGCCAUUCUCCUUCGACCUCUCAUCAAUGAGCUGUUUUCACCCACAGGACUGCUGCUGACUGGAUGUUUUUAGUUUGUCGCUCCAUUCUCACUAAACCCUAGCCAGUGUUAUGCGUGAAAAGUACAGGAGGCUUCUGAGAGACUGGAACCGGUACGCCUAGCACUGACAAUCAUACCACGCUCAGUCGCUAAGGUCACUUGUUUUUCCCAUUCUAGCGUUCAAUCGAACAGUAACUGGAAUGCCUUGAUGCCCGUCUGCCUGCUAUAUAUAGCCAGCCACGGCCACGUGACUUACUGUCUGUAGGAGCGAGCCCUUUUCGGGAACGAGCUGGUGUAACUUAUAAACUGGCCACUGAGUGUGCAUAUAUGUUAACACACCGAUGAAAUGAGUUCAUACUACACUGGUUACAAACAUGCAGGUCCACUGACGGUAACUGUCACACAUUAUGUCACGAAUAGACGUGACGUGCCAACACUACCCGCACACAAAAUCUCCCACACACAUACAUUCGCACACCUUUUACCUUUAAAUGAAGACUUCAACAGCAAGACUUGAACAGACAGAGGUGGAAUCUGUUGGACUGACAGACUCACCUGGAUGACUCUUCUUUCUACACCCAUGUAAUACAAAAACAGAACUCACACUGAGCAUACUGAGCCCCUAUCACUCAGGCAUGCCCUGUAGAGGAACUAACAACGUGACAACACAUGGAGGUCUUCCUAUGUGAUGUGUAACAACUUAUUACAACAACUCUGUACGACACAAACCUACAGGACGUUACAGCGCCGGGCCAGUUGGGCUUACAGUACCUACCUGACCCAACCCGUUCUGACAUUCGGAAUCACCUUCUCUCUAUUUCUCACCAGUUACACACUGCUCUGAUGUUUAACAAGCAAACAUGUAUCUUCUUGUAUGUCGUUUUUUUCCUGUUUGUAAAAAAAAAAAUGUGGAACAGUGGAAAAAUCCAAGAUGUCUUUUCUUUUUGUUUUUCCUUCAAAAUGCUGACCUCGUUAUAUAUUUUUUCUUACUCAAUCAAGUUGGUUAUUAUGUCAUGAUGAUCACUUAUUACUAGCUGUACAAUGUUCCCUCCUGUCUGCCUGUGUGAAUGUGCUAGGCGUGACGGUAUGUUGAUGAUGAUAUUGUGAAGCUGUGGGCGCGGUCCACAGCUAAGGAGAAGCGAUGCAACAACCAACGGUUGCGUGCCAUGUCAUCGACUGACAAAUUGCUAUAACCAAUGAUGUGGUUAGCUGAUACAACGCCUGAAUAGGUAUUUUAAGUAAGGUCUGUCUGUCUUCAGCAACGUCUAAGCAUAGGAACGCGCCCUGUGUCUGUCGUUGCCGUGGUGAAUGUGUUUUUGUCAAAGAGAUUCAUUCAUGAUUAACAAGUGGAUUCAUGAUUAACAAGCGAGUGAUUGUGAGAGAUAGUGUGUGUGUCUGCAAACACUUGGUAGGCGGACAUUUUUUACAUCAGGUGUUCCGUGUGUAUGUACUUGAUGCAGGUGUGUGUGUGUGUGGAAAGUUCAAGAACAUAGGCACUAAUGCAUAUUUCUCUUAAGUUGUGGUUUUAGCAGAAAUAUUAUUUUUUUUGUCUGAAUUGCAGUAAUAUUUUUUUUAAAGAAGCAAACAACUGAAGGCAAUUAUAUUAAGAUGCCAAAACCUACCAUACCAAGCUGAGCUGGAGCGGUGUUUUGCAAACACGUUAAAGUUACCAAUUGUUUUAUUUUUUUGUUGUGUAUCAAUUUAAAUUAAGGCGGGCUUUAUCACUCCUGUUCAGGUUCUUUUUGUUUGUUUUCAGAUUUGACAAAGGAGAUAAUUAAUUUAAGCAAACACAAUAAAGGUUGAAUUCAA